UCUUACUUCUACAUUUAGAAUUCAUUUGACCGGUCAAUACAUUUGUCGUCUGCAAAGUAUUCCCGAAAAAUUCAAAAUGCCGAAGAAACAGAAGGAAAAGCUUGUUCAGUCAGCUUCAAAAUCGGAAGAAAAUGUCUCCGGUUCUCCUCAAAGCAGUACACAGAGUAACAGUCCACUAAGAGGUGCCAGUUCCACAAGAUUUAACUUACCAAAAGAUGAAACGCCUAUAAUUCCAAAGGGUAAGAAGCGUGCAUUGGAGCAGGAUGGGGAAGAUGCUGAGGACUUUGGACAAGGUCUACAGAAGAUGUUGGAGUGUUUUGGGAGUGACUACAUCAAAAACUCAUUAAUGAACAAGAAGAAAAGACUGGAAGUGUUGACACAGGGAGCACUGAAGGCUAGUAGCAAAACUGUGGAUGACAUUUGGAAAGUACAGACCAAUGAAAGGACAAGACUUCAAGAUGAGUACUCCAAGCAAGUAAGUGCUGUGUUUCAGCAGUGGGAGUCCGAUCUAGAGAAAACAAAGGAACAAGAGACCAAACUUACAAUGUUAUACAAACAACAGCAGAAGCUAUUUGAACAGGCAAGAGCAGUACAAAGUCAGAGGUUGAAGACAAUCAAACAGCUUCAUUGUCAGUAUAUCAAGGGGCUUGAUGAUUUAGAGAAGAGUCACCACCACCAAGCUACCAGUGCUACAGCAGAGCUUAAGAAAGAAAUGAGUCUUCUACAGAAAAAAAUACUCAUGGAUACUCAACAGCAAGAGAUGGCAAACGUGAGAAAGUCCCUUCAAACAAUGUUGUUCUAGGACCAAGGUU